CGCUAACUGAGCCGAGCGGAAUGACUUUUGCGGCGAAGAGCUGCUCAUUCAUCUGCCGAUUUAAGUAAAUUUUCUCGUCGGAAUGCAUUUAAAGUAUCCAAGGAAGAGGGAUUUCUAUAAUUGGGAAGAGUUACGGUAGGUUUAAAAGCAGUGUUAUGAAACUAUCGUUUUUUCCAGCAGUUAGCAUCCAGCAGCUAGCAUCCUGUUGAUCGAAUUGCGAUAGCUUUGUUCUCGAAUCUUCUUUCUACUCACUGGAUUCGUUCGAUUGCGUAGUAAUUGGGCACAACUGACAUCAACACUCAUAUUUUUGUUUUUUGAAUCAAACAGCUGUCUGGCAAAGGCUUUGGGGGUAAGUUCUCUUCAUUAGAUGACUUAUUUCAUUUUGCAACCCUCAAUUUACACGUCGUGAAGACAACAAAGUAGAUGUUCUUUUCGGGUUUUCUUUGUUCUUCUUUGUUCGUGAGGGGUUGUGAAAGCUAAUUCCAGUGUGUGAGUAAUUUUCUUUGCAUUUUGGCUCCGAUAAUCCUCAUUUAUUUAUUUAUUAUGUACUGGUAAAAUGUGUUUUUAGAUUUCUGUGAGCUCAGGAUUGGGACGCAAACUGUUCGUCAUAUAGAAAACACCGGAUGCACGGACAGAAGUAAUUAGUCUCGAAUUAGGUGACAUGGUAAUUUUUGGUCCUCACUUAUAAUAUUUUUCUUUCACAUGUAGUUUAGAAAGGAUCUCUUUCAUAAAAAUGUUCCCCAGGAACUUGAGAAGGAUAGAUCCAAUGGCCUCAGCACAAAGGUAUGUACAUGAGAGGCUGAGGAGCAAGAGGAGACAUCUUACUUUUUACCUCUGCGAGGGUAGAUAUAAUAUUCAGAUCAUUAAAGCAUCCGAGACCAAGCUGAAGUGUUUGUGGGUUUGUUUGGGGGGAAGGGGUGGUCCAAGGGUUCCUGUAGCUCCCACCUUGGCUAAAAUUAUACUUUGAAGUCAGUAACACACAAAACUGUAAAUUCAGGCAGGAAAAAAAGACAACAACAUAAUCUGAAGAAUCUAUGCUGCAUGCAUUACUCUUUGCGCUUGUAACAAAAUGUCAUUUUUAGUUAGACACAACAUGACAGUGAUGGUCGCAAAGGUACCUUGGAUGGUACUUGGUGUAACCCCCCUUUUAACAACCCAAGCUGCACCCGUGUAUAUUGUUAAUCCUUCAUAUUAGUUCCACAGAUUUAAGAAAUUUUUUUAGUUGAUAAGUGCCUCUAGUUCUUGGGCAAGGACCUAAUAGAUGCUUUCUCCUAGUGCCUCUUGCUACAAGUUUAAUGGGCUGCCGCAAAGACUUGCCAAAUGGUUAUUAUUAGGGAGGGAGACUGGGAGAAGCCUGUAACAUACUUUUAAAGUAUCCCUUCCUUUGUAAAGUAGCAUUACUCUUUAGUUAGUUCCUUGGUAUUUCACUAGCCAGAAAAAACUUAAGCAGCCAUGUGAAUCAGUCACAUAGAUGGAUUGUCUUUAUUUUUAAAGGAGACAAAAAAUUUGACUUAUGUUCUUUUCACUUUUUUUCAUUCCUGGCUUAUCUUUGCCUAGUCCAUUUCAAACAUGCUGGAUAUCAAGUGUCUCCAUGGUGACAUUCACCGUACAUACAAUAUGCAUGAUGCACUGUACAACUCAAGAGUCAUAGAGAAAGCUGUUGAAAUGCUUUCAAACAGAUAUUUAAGGUAAACUGACAUGAUCCUGAUAAUCUUGGGAUAGGGUGAGUAAUUGUGUAAACAAUCUCUGUAAUGGUUGCUAAAAACAGUCAGUUGAGUGAUUGUAGAUAAAGUACACUAGUUGCUCAAGUUAGAUGAAAGAGAUAAAAUGGAAUAAAUUAGGUAAAAAAUUUAUUUUUUACACUGUUAGUGAUAUAUAUAUAUAUAUAUAUAUAUAUAUAUAUAUAUAAGGUGUGUCUCACAAAUUUUAUUUUUUAAAAAUUUAAAGAAUCACAGGAUUGGGUCUGACUUUUAUAUAUUUUUAUAUUUCAAGGCUUAAGACUCUGGGAAAAGGAAAUUCCAGUAGUUGCCAUGAAAUAAAUUCUGAAAUUUAUGACAAAGUGAAUGGUUUUUUUUUUUUUAAUAUCAUGAAACAAUGGUAUGUUUCCUAUAGAUAUCUAAAAUAUACUUCUUAAUACCAGACUUUGACCCCCCUCCCUCUGAAAAUCUAUUAAAGUUCCAAACUUUUUGCACAUCCCUUCUUCCCUGAAAUUUUUAGUGACUCUCCUCCAACUGGGGAGGGAUAUUUUUCAAAUCCAUUUAAUAAAUAGUUAAAAAAUUUGUCACAAAGUUAGAAAACAAUUAAUCACAUCUUUUUGUCUCAGUUUUCAGGAAUUAAGAGAAGUUCGUGUAGCUUUUCAGUUGUAUGAACAUGAAGACAUGCUGGGUUUGGUUACUGAUGAGCACACUUUACUUAGAACUUUGAAGGUGAUGUUUAUUUUUAUCUCAGUAGGAAUUCAUGAUAUGAAGUGAAUAAAACUAAACCCUUCACACCCUGACGUUAGUAUGUAUAUUCUCCAUACUGUUCUUGCUAUAUUUUCUAAGUGAUGACAAAGAGAAUUUGUUCAACAAUCAAAAGCUUCUUUAGUUGGUGAUCAUUUCCUUUGUUCUCGUGAUCUUAAUGUUUGAUUCAGGGGUGAUAUUGUAAGGAGAAAUUAGAAGCUAGUCACUCUUAGAGAUUUAAGGGUUAAAUGCUCUUGAUAAUAAUAACAUAGUUUCAAAUAAUCUUUUUCUCCCCAUAAAUAAUGAUCUUUGCAUUCAACAGAGAAAGCCUAAUCUUGUGUUUGAUAUAUGGGUAGUCCUCCUCUCUUAAAUAGUGAAUCUGCAUUAUUUUGUUUUCAGAUCUGUGGAAGAGCUGUUUCACCAGUAAAGCUGAAGCAACAUGUGAGUGGAGCUCUUUUAACUUGUUUUAGAAUUAUGACUAAAUUCAUCUUAAUUCUUGUCAAUUUUAAAUUUUUUUUAUCAAAAAUUAAAAGUUUUAGAAACCAAUAUGUGAUAAAAUCGGGAAUACUAAUUUUGAUCCAAAGAAAAGUUGACUGAAAGCCAGUCCUACUCUUAAGCUUGUGUACAUAUUGCAUGCCUAUCUUUUAAGACAUUUGUGGGGUUUUUUUUUUGCAGAUCAAACACAUGAAAAGACAAGUUGCUGAUCGUGUGAUGCUUUAUGAAUUCUUGGAUCUCUUGCUCUUGUGAGUAGAAGACUUAAUAAAACAUUGAAGGAGCUGCCUUUUUUCCAAUAGAAAAGUAAUAAUCAUAAAUCCAUAACUGUUUUUUCUUCACUUACAAGUUAACUUUUUCUUUCAGAUCACAACUGAUUUCUUUUUUUUAUAAAGUUCUCAAGUAGAUCAAUUUAUAUUAAUUUAAUUUUAACUAUUCCCUGUUAGUUUCUGUGCCACUUGUUUCUGAUACUUUGUAGUGAAUUGUGUUUGAAUUAUAAGAGAUUUGUGACAAUCAUCAAUGGCUUAACUGUAAGGUUGAUCAUCACUGUGUUUCAGGUGUGAACGGGACACAGAUGUGCAGCUUCAACCUCUUCCACAAGUCAUUGGUGUGGACAAGAAUAAUUUGUACAAGGUACAGACUGAAUAUGACUUUCUACAGAAAUGCUAUUUUUUUGUAAUUAUUUGAACUGUAACUAUAAUUGCAUUCUCAAAAUUUAGCAAGGUAAAAUUAAUUCUAAUAACAGUUUGCAUUUUUUGACAUUGUUCUCUGUGUCAGCUGUGUGAUUUUCAAGCAGUCCUUUGCACAGAAGAUGAGAAGAAGAUUCGUCAUUUAGACACUUUGUAUGAGGUAAAAUUUUGUAUUAUGAUAGUGAUAUGAUGAUGAUAAUAGCAAAAAUUAUGAUAUUAACAAAGAAUACUAAAAAACAUGUAUGUAAACUAUUUAGAUUGCCAUAGAGGUUGCCCACCUCCUCUCACAUGUAUUUUAUGUUACACUAUUAAUUGUCUUUUUUUUCAUGCCCCAUGCACAGUGACGCAAACGUUCCCCCUAGAAAAUCUCAAGAAUCUUUUAAGAAGAGUUUGCACAUUUUCUCUCUUUUAGCAAGGAUCUGUUAGAUCGAGUAUGAGCCAUAACAAGGAUGUUCCUUCAUGGAGACUUCUACACCAGGAUUAUUUUGUGGAUAGUAACCCAAGAAUAGAACUGGUAGGGAAGCUUAAUGACGGUUUGCUUGUUUGGCUUGAAUGUUCUGAAUGUUCAUAAUGGGCGGAGAAUCUAUCGUGCCAUUACCAUGAGCUGUAAAGUGGAACAAGGUAGUGUUUGAGCUGCCCUCUUUCACAGUGCAUUCUUUUUCACAAGUCAAAGAAGGAAGAAAACUAAUAGCAAAUGGCAAAGGUUUUGAACAAAUUAUUUUGCACUGCACUAUGUUGUAAUAAUGAUUCAUGAUUUUUUGUUGAUUUCUUUUGACUUGUGCAGUGUGACUAAACUCAAAAUAAGGGGUGUGGACUUAUUGUCUCAGAAUCAGGAGUGCCUUUUGACUCCUUGUCAUUUUAUUAAGGAAUAACUUGACUCAUGUGAUGAUACACUACAACCUUUUCUUAUUCACAGCAAACAAGAAAGGAAACAUAACAGAUUUUGUGAAUCUUUCUAAGUACCUGUUCCUUAUACUUCUUCAAACUUCUUCUAGGUUAGCAGGCAACAGCAGAGAUCCUUGGAACUUUGUGAUCAUUUGGAUCACUCAAAUAAAAAGGUACAUUUAACGAAGAGAAAUGUUUGGUUGUUGUUACCAUGAACUUCUGUAUACAUCAUGACAUGAAGCCAUAUACUGUAGGUAUGUAAUGUGUGCGGAGAGAUACUGACACAUGUAUACAUUUAGUCUGCUAGUUUUAUGUUGUGGCUCAACUUGUUUUCUUGGCAUAAAUUGUUUCCUACCAGUUUGUUUUUUAUUUUUCUUUGGCUUGUAAUUAUGUGAUAAAUUUUGAAUCGAGAAAAAAUUUAAACUAGAACCUAUGCAUACACUGCCUUACAUUUCUGCUUAUUUUUGCCAGGUGAUGCAUGCCAGAUGUGGCUAUACAGGAACUUCCCGAAGAACUGCUUUUGUUGACCUCAAUGAUGUCAGUAGAAAAUUAAAGCCACUGGAAAAACCUUCCCUCAAAUUUGUAAGUUAUCUGAGAAAUUUGACAAAAAUCAAUCAAACUCUCCUUGGUGGUGUCAUUCAUUCUUUUCAUGACAAAAUAUGCUGUGUAUCAUUCCUUGUCUCAGAUGUUCAGGUACCUUAGGUGCUGUAACUGAUCAUAUAAUGAUAUGUGAUUGACAUUUCUUUUUGGCAAAAUCCAAGAAUUGUUAUGACACAGAUGCCCUGGUUUAAAAUCAGCCACCUUGAAGACAUAUCUGCUAAUUAAAGAAUGGCCUGAAAACUUGGAGAAUUUCAUCAUGCAUUUGAAAAAAGUUGAAAGUUUAUUAGACCUACAAAAAAUAGAUUUAUGUCCAUGGGACAUUUUUUUAAAAUAUUAUAUUGAUUAUAAAUCUCUAUUAAUAUUAGAAAGCCCAACAGCACAAGGAAGAAGUUGAAGGUAAGAAAUAUUAUCAAUUUUGUCACAAAUAAUUGGUUCAAAAAUUGGCUUGUGGUGAUUAGUUUUCUGAACCCUUAUUCAAGGUAAAUUUAGGCUAGAAUAGCCAAUUUCAUUACCAAGCCUCAGUGAGUGUUUUCUCUUAGUAUUUUAAGCACUACAGGUGAACUGAAAUUUUCAAACCAGUAGUCAAGAGUAAUAUUUUAGCUGUUGUCAUUUUCAAGAAUUUCAAGCAAUCUUUGAGUAAUAAAUUAGGUGGUAAAUAUUACUGGUUACCUCCUGAAAGGGAGAACACUGAAGCCUUGCAGUAAUUUUUUUGCUUGUUCCUAUGACAUGACUGUUUGCAACAGGCUUUUAAGAGUGUUUCACUUGUGCAAAACCCAAUUUCAAGAGGUCUCAUCAGUGAUAGUUAUUGUCACUCAGCUGGUAUUCACUCUGAUAUUUGUGCAUUUGUAGAUGAAGGAGUUACAAAAGAAGAGGAACAACACCAGAAAAUUGACAUAACAAGAUUAAGUGCUUCAUCAGUAGGAUCUUUCAAGUUUUAUAGAGAAUUUGAUGGAACCACAUCAGCAAAGUUAUCAAGGACUUCAAAACUUGGACAUCAGGGAAUCCUAGUAACUCCAAGGGUAACGAAAUAUUUGAUUGUACAAAGGCUGUUAUUUCUAAUCUAGGUUUGAAUUUUUAGCUUAUUUUCUAUUUCUUCUUACUGUGCUAAUGAAUGCAUGUCGGAGAGUCCACAUUUCAAUUCCUUUUUUUCUUGAAUCAUAAAACUCCCAGGAGUGAUCAAAAAGGAAUUUAAAAACAAUUUCAAGCAUAAAGGUAUCAAGGAGAUAAGAAUAAUAUCAACUUGGGGAGUUUUUAAAUUUAACAUCAAAUGCUCAGUGCCAAAAUGACAAGAAAUGUAUGGCAGACAGGGUGAAGAAUUUAUUGUCAGACCUUGGGAGUUAGGGGUUUAUGUAAAUCAAAUUGGAGGAAACAGAACACAUUUCGUAAAAUAACUGUCUAACGUACAAAAAUUUAGAAAGCUAUCAGCUUACGAGCAAUCCCUCAUUGUUAGCGCCGCAGGACGGUCGUUUCUCCGCUUGCAAGAAGAUUUGAGACAAGUCGGGGGAGAGGUUCGCCAGGAGUCUGGCACUAAAAGUAAGGCUACACUCUUUGCGAACUUCUCGCCAGCGCGCGUUGCUCAAGCGGGCCAAAUACUUUCAUACAAAAUGAAAAAAUAAUAGCGUUCGUGCUGGAGCGCUGAUAAUGAGGGCCUGCGAGAAAAAUAUAAAUCAAAGACUUGCAUCUAACAGAGGGUCUGAAAAUGGGUUACCUUGAUCACGUUUUGAACAAGCCAGUUCAAGUUAAGUUUUUUGAAUUUGUUUAUCCUAAUAGGACCUCUACAAUUCACAUGUGAUGUCACAGAACUUACAGUGGGACAUGGAAACACAGGUUUGUCUCUUACAAUCUGCCAUGCUUUCAUAUAUAUCCAAUCCUAAUGGCAAAAACUUGUAAGGUUAUCAAAAAGUGGAUUAUUCUAAGUGACAGGUUACACAAUCCAUCUUUUUUUCUUUGCAGUCCCAAAGGUUAAAACAAAGAAGUGAUAAACACAUGAAGGAGAAGUACUCUAGUUAUUACAAAAAGCUGAAACUGUUUCAAGAUCCUAGCGAAAAUCCGGAAAAUGAAGGUAAUCGAGGUAUUGUUGUUGAUGAUCUCACUGGCAAAUAUAUUUGACUAUACGGAAAUUCCCUCUUGAAUUGUGAAAUCAGAGAUUGUAUUGGUUUAAUUUUUUAGCGUUCCCACAGGUAAUAUUUGUUGACUACUCGCCAAUCAGAAUCUUUGUUCUGUCAGAGAGCUUUUUGAUUGAAUAACGUUGAAACAAUAUUAUUUACAUGAGCGCUAUUAAAGCAGUGUUCUCAUGACGUCUUUUCUGGUGACAUUCCGCAGAUAUCAAUUUGGUGUCUGAUUUUAACUUUCCACGCACAAAGAACAGCCAAUCAUAAGUACCAACUGAAUGACGAUCAGUUUUAUCUCUGAUCUGUGUACAUCAGAAUGUAACUUUCCUUUUUGAAUACGAUUCUAAAGAAAAAGAAAAUCAGUGUAUAGUAUGUUCUGUUUGUCGAGAAAGUUACAGAUAAUGUUAAUAAACUAGCUGAUUUAUUUAAGCGCAAAACACUCUCGUUCAUUUAUGUUACUUUAACUGAUAUCCAUGCUGUUAUUGAGAAACAUUUGCUUGAAUUUUAGGUUCCAGGCAGUCCAAGGUUAAGGUAUUUAUGCCAUUUUAUCAUUUUAGGCCAGAGGCCAAGUUGACGAAGUGUAAACGACAGUGUGCUUCAAAGUGAAUUUGUGCGAUUGCUGCAUUUCUUAUUCUGAAAAUCUCUAGGCUGAAUUCUCCUUUGAUCCCUCUCCUUGAAUGCUCACAGUAUUCAGGAUUUUAGGAGCAGGCGGUUAAAAUUUAAUAGAUAAAUUGUUAUUAGUGAUUCAAAACGGCGCGCUAAAUUAGCGACGAGACUCUGCGCGCUAGCCUGUGUCACAGUUAUUUCCGUUUCCCUUAAGUCAAGCGCGUGAGUCGUGAGGUGAUCAUAAGUCGUGAGCAGGCCCUUUUCUUUUGGUCUGCCAUGGUAUUUAUCAGGGAGGAAGUGAGCUGCUAAAGCUAGAUUUUCCAAUGUUUCAAAUGCGUGUCACUCUCAAAAAGAGAGUGACAGUACAACCUCGUUUGUAAGGUCUCUCUCGUCGUUUCUCUUCGAAAGAAACGAGGCUUCUGAGAACGAGAAAGCUCCCUCCAGCUUUCGGUGCAGGGAAGAGAGAAAGCCUGGGCCGACGAGGUUGAGAGGUAGUACUCUAAUGUAUGUUUGAAUUCGUGAUCUAACAGGAGAUGCCAGAAAACAGUACAACUGCGGUCAAACCAGCAGAUUCCGCUCCAGUAGAACUAGUCAUUACACCACGAAAACAAGUUCCGGAAUUAGAUUCAAUAUACAACACGUUAAUGGAGAGAUUACAGAGAACGGACACCUUGUUAGACUUCGGCGAAGUCCGAGUUCAGGAAUUUGGUUCAUCAAUGCCAUCCAACUUCAGCGAUGGUCAUUCUCUGACGACCCGAAAGUUGCGCUCAGAGCAAGUGACUCCUCAGAGGUUUGGAAUGACAGGGAAGGUUCGACUACAAAGACUGGGUUCCCUGAGGUCAACUCAACCGAAGGAGAGUGAUGCUACAGAGAAACAAGACGAAGUUGAACAAUUGCUGGAGAAACUUCAAGAAGCGAACCAUGUAGCGAGUGGUAAAAAGGGUUUUUUAAAUCCAAAACCCUUCGUUUUCGCUAAAUGAUGAACAAUUUUUUGACUCGACAGAAUCACGCACAGGCUACGAAGUUGUGCAGGGGUGUGUGUCAAUAUUGGAUUUGUGCGCUCUCCUAGUGAUUGGAUGAGAGGACUCGCGCGCCCCUCCUCCCGACCAAUCAGCAGACCAAUUAGAUGCCUUAGCUUCUCUUUGCUUUCCACGCUCGAAGCAGUUGCCGACAUCGCUUUACGUUGAGUUCUCAUAAGCUUCUUUCAACUUUUUUCUUCUUUUUCUGACUGGCAGGUGUAGGUACAUAGUUUUGGUUUUAAGACACGCUCGAAUUCGCUCUAUCUUGAAACAGAAACAUUUGGAGGUACAAGAAUCCUGUCGUUUGUUUCAACAAUUUAACCCUCGUAAUGCAAAUGACCUCACAUGAGAAAUGCUGUGUAAGAAUUAAUAGCCGAGAGAAAUGUAUGUAGAAAUUUAUCAAGAACACCUUAAAACACAAUUGAGUUUCUACUGUAAAAAUGUGUAUAUUUUUUCAGAAAAUUAGAGUUUUAGCAAAUAUUUAACUUGUAUUGUAAUUCUUAAAAAUAUUAAUGCACAUAAAUGAAAUUAAAAAUUUGAUACGCA